GUCUUACUCUAUUGUAAAUAGUAACCAUCACGAAACAUGAGUCUGGAUAACAAUUCCGAACUUAAAUCUACAGGUGAAAUACUUACAGAUCCUACGGGAUUCACUAAAUCAUUCGUAACUCAUUACAAAGAAGAUACUAACACUGAAAUACUAUUUCAUAAAUUAGAACUUGGAGAUCAAAUUAUUAUUAAUAUUCAAUUUAAUGGAAUAAUGGAUACUACAUUUGAACUUCCAUUAUCAUCUAAAUCAACUGUCAACUUUUUAAGCUCUAUACCGAAUAGUUUAGAUGAUCCUGGUGUUGAACCUGUACUAUUAGUUGGAAAUCAUUCUAAUUUAAAGAUUCUGAUUAUUGCAUCUCAAAUAGGUAAACUUAUUACAACAUCUAAUCAUCCUAAACCAGCAAUAUUAUCAAUUGGAUCUAAAUGGUUUGGGAAAUUCGAUGAAACUACUGAUGAUGAUUUUGAUAAAUUAAUGUUCAUUCUUGAAAAUAUUAAAAAGUUACUCUAGAACUUGUAUAUAUCUAUGUACUUUAUAAUGAUUAUAUAUAUAAUAUAUAUAAUAUAUAUCAACUAAUUUUUUUUGAACUAUUUUUUAACUUUCUUUUCUCUGAUCUUUAUUGGAACUAAUCUUU